AUGUACCGCUUAUUUGCCGUCAAACCACAACCAGAAACGCAAUUAUUUGGCGAAUUUGACAAAAACAAGUCAAAAAAUUACAAAAUUAUUAGAACAGUUUUUUUUAUUUAUCUGAUGAAAGCACAUUUUUUGUUAAAUUUUGUUAAUAUUAUCGUCACAAAUUUCACGUUGGCAGUACUGUGCCAGAUAAAUAGAGAAACUAGAUUUGGUAAAAAACCAAUGUUUGUCAUGAAUCUGCCACGCAUUUUUUACGUGUUACUGUUUUUUUUCGUGCAAAUGUGGGCACUUUGGGCCCAGAAAACCAAACCUAACCUCACUCAAGCAACACCGAUAAAUCAAGCGGCAAUUAUCAAAGUGCGGUGUAAUCACGGCUACCGAUUAAUUAACGGUGUUUGUCGCAAGAUUUACUUCUAAAAAGUUUUUUAUUCGCCGGUGGUUGGUAGAAAAAAUGUGACGGUUGACAGUUGUCAAAACCGUUACACGUGUUUUUCUAAGACCAAAAAAUUGU